UUGACUUACUGUCUCAUCCACACAGAAUAAGGUUAAGGAUAGGGGCUUAAAUUGUAUAAGGUAAAGAUUUCAAUAUUGAGAAGAUAUAGAGCUGAUCUUGGGAUAGGAAGUAUUUCUUAUGCAAUACACAAAAAUCACAAAGCAUUAAGAAAAAAAGUGAUAAAUUUGAAGCUAUCUUAACUUCUGUCUUUUUCCUUUCUCUGCCAUAGUGGUGAGUGCAGCCACUGUCUAUUCUGGCGAUGUCUUUUCAUAAGACUUUUAGGGUCAAGAGAUUCCUGGUGAAGAAACAAAAGCAGAAUUCCCCCAUUCCCCAAUGGAUUCAAAUGAAAACUGGUAAUAAAAUCAGGUACAAUGCCAAGAGGAGACACUGGAGAAGAGCCAAGUUGGAUCUAUAAGGAGUCACACAUGUGAUGGCACACAGAUUUAUCCAUCUAUCUGAAUCACUAGCAUCCUACCAUAUCAAGUUGAAAAUUUUGGCAUAAUCUGUACAAUUGAAUAUGUG